GCACUGUAGCCAAACGGUACGGCAAUCGUCAGAUCCCCAUUUUCUUUCCGUAUAGACAGCCAUCAUGCCGCCUAAAAAGGAUACAAAGGGAUCUUCCAAGCAACCCCAAAAGACCCAAAAAAAAAAGGAAGGUGGAUCUGGAGGAAAAGCUAAGAAGAAGAAGUGGUCCAAAGGUAAAGUGAGAGACAAAUUAAACAACCAAGUGUUGUUUGAUAGAGGGACAUAUGACAAAUUGCUGAGAGAAGUUCCUCAAUACAAAUUGAUAACACCUUCAAUCGUCAGUGAAAGGCUGAAAAUUAGAGGAUCUCUUGCUAGAAGGGCAUUGAUCGAGCUACAACAGAAAGGUUUGAUCAAACAAGUAGUUCAGCAUCAUGCUCAACUGAUUUAUACUAGAACUACGAAGGGAGAUGAUCCAGCGACAUAAAAAUGUUACACUAUGUAUAAAGUUGCUUAAUAAAAUAUUUGUAUAAAUCAGUA